GGAUCUGUUUUUGUUGACCUUUACUGUGUCGUACUGUAACAAUGCCUGCUCAUGAAAACGUCAACAUCCCAAGUGGGAACGAAGAAGAAGCAGACCGCCGGCCUCUCGUGCUGGUACACCGCCUCCCCAGGUUCGCUCUCCCGUUCGACAUGCGGACAACCUUCCGCCUUCUCGACCCAAUCGCCUCCGCUACCGAUGAGUCGCCUCAGGACUUCCUCUCCCGCCACGCCCCGUCCAUCCGCGCCCUCAUCACCGUGGGCCCCACCCCUGUCAACGCUGACCUUCUCGAUCUCCUUCCUUCCCUUAGUCUCGUGGUGGGAUCCAGCGCCGGCGUCGAUCACAUCAACCUUACUGAAUGCCGCCGCCGUGGCAUCGCCGUCACAAACGCCGGCUCCGCCUACUCGGAGGACGUUGCAGACUACGCUGUCGCACUGUUGCUUGAUGUAUUUCGUCGAAUCUCGGCCGCUGACCGGUUUGUUCGGUCCGGGUCGUGGCCUCGAAAGCCAGAGUACCCGCUUGGCUUUAAGUUAGGUGGGAAAAGAGUCGGUAUUGUGGGGCUAGGAAGUAUCGGAUCUGAAGUUGCAAAAAGGCUAGUGGCAUUCGGCUGCAGGAUCGCCUACAACUCAAGGAACAAAAAGCCAUCUGCACCUUAUACUUACUAUGCCAAUGUCUGUGACCUCGCUGUUAAUAGUGAUGUUAUUGUUGUCUGUUGUGCACUAACAAAAGAAACACACCAUAUAAUCAACAAAGAUGUUAUGACGGCUUUGGGAAAGGGAGGGGUUAUAAUUAAUGUUGGACGAGGGGCUGUUAUUGAUGAGAAGGAACUGGUGCAAUAUUUGACCCGAGGGGAGAUUGGUGGUGCAGGUCUUGAUGUGUUUGAGAAAGAGCCUGAUGUUCCUAAAGAGCUAUUUACACUGGAUAAUGUGGUCUUGUCCCCACAUCGUGCUGUCCUGACCCCAGAAUCAUUUGAAGCAGUGCGCGAGGUGAUCACAGCCAACUUGAAUGCUUUCUUUUCAAAUAAACCUUUGCUCUCGCCUGUCCAGCAUGAAUGAAGUAGCAGCAUUCACAGAUGGAUGGAUUGACGGAAGGCUCCCAACAAUAAAAGAAGGUCAAUUUCAAUGACUUUUUGAACAUUGAUCUGUUCUUAAAACCUUAAGUGGUCCGGUUUGAUUGCCACAUCUGAGCUGUACGGCUUGUUUGUUCUGGCUAUCCAAACGGCAACAAGUUUGUUUUUAUUUCAUCUCUACGUUUUCAACAACCAUUUGACAGUUUUCAAAUU